UUCGGGUCGUGGGGCGGAGUGAAAAGCGGUCGGGCAGGAGGCGCCGGCGCCAGACGCGGAGGGAAGGAGUUACGACUAGCCGCUGAGAGGCCCCGGAGCCAACGACGACCGAACCAGUCGAGCUGCCGCCGCCGCCGCGCCCCCAUGGCGGCCGCCAAGGAUUCUCAUGAGGACCGGGACACCACUGAAAAUGUAGACGAGUCCAACCAUGACCCCCAGUUUGAGCCAAUAGUCUCCCUUCCUGAACAAGAAAUUAAGACGCUGGAGGAAGAUGAAGAAGAACUUUUUAAAAUGCGGGCAAAGUUAUAUCGUUUUGCCUCAGAAAACGAACUCCCAGAGUGGAAGGAACGGGGCACCGGUGACGUGAAGCUCCUGAGGCAUAAGGAGAAGGGGAGCAUCCGCCUUCUCAUGCGCAGGGACAAGACCCUGAAGAUCUGUGCCAACCAUUACAUCACACCACUUAUGGAGCUAAAACCGAACGCAGGCAGCGACCGAGCCUGGGUCUGGAACACCCAUGCCGACUUCGCCGACGAGUGCCCCAAGCCAGAGCUGCUUGCCAUCCGGUUCCUAAAUGCUGAAAAUGCACAGAAAUUCAAAACAAAGUUUGAAGAGUGCAGGAAAGAGAUUGAAGAGAGAGAAAAGAAAGCAGGAUUGGGUAAAAAUGAUAAUGCUGAAAAAGUGGCUGAAAAGCUAGAAGCUCUUUCCGUGAAGGAGGAGAAUGAGGAGGCUACUGGGACCAAGGUGUCUGAAGGUGAAGAGGCCAAGGAGAAGACUGAAGAGAAGCAAUAAACGGUCUUAUAUUAUUUUCUUUUCCCUUUCCUUUUUCUUACUUCUUUUUCUUUUUUUUAUCCCACCCAAGCUUUUUGAUUUAUUUUUAUUCUGUUUUGUUUACAAGGGACUUUAUAUAAAGCAGUUCGAACUCCAA